AUGAAAUUGGGCCAGGAAUCCAUUAAGGAGGAAAUGCAAGUAGGUCAAGAGGAAUUGAAGAGAGAAAUUACUUGCAUAAUAGAAAACAAGUUCCAAGGUAUGGAAGGAAGAAUGGACACAGUUGAAGAAAAGCUAUUUGCAAAUCUUCCCACGCCUGAAGAACUGAAAUGUAUUGUAACGACUAUAAAUACAUUAGCUACAAAGGCACAUUUUUACGCCAAAAGCUUGCACGAAACUUCUCAACAGUCUGUGCAUAACACUCGCCAUUCUGGUAAUGGGUUUUCCAAAUCAGAACUCGCUGUUCCUUUGCAUAUUGCUGCAAGUCGAGUAAGCUGCAAUGAAGCCACGAAUGUCUUGCCAGGUCAAAUAAACUCAAUUCUUAAAUCGGAACAUUUGGCUGUUGCAAGCUACAGGCACUGGCAUGCUGAUCUCAGAUUGGAUGAUACACCACUGGAGGCUGGUUUGGGAUUUACAUGCAAGCUGAAGACCGAGACGCCUUUCCUGGGUAGAGCUGCAUUGGAAAAACAGAAAAAAGAAGGCCUCAAGAAGAGGCUUGCCUGCUUCACCAUUGACGAACACAUUCCUCUCUGGGGCCUGGAAGCAAUCUGGCGGUAUGACCGUGUGGUGGGUUUCCUCCGUCGGGCCGAUUACGGUUUUGCCAUAGGGAAGAGCAUUGGCUAUGGCUACGUUACAAAUCCUGACACCGGAAUGGUAAGCUUGGAUUACCUCAAGUCUGGUACCUAUCACUUAGAAAGUAUGGGUGUGAAGUACCCAGCACAAUACCACGCCAAGUCUCCAUUCGAUCCCAACUUAAGGGUCAAAGGCGACUACAGCAAGCCAUUGUCCAAUCAGGGACAGUGAAUCAAGAUUUACUAUUUUAUAGCAUUUUAUUAUUGUGUUUAUGAAGAUUUUUUGCUGUCUUUGUAAAUGAAGAUACAGUUAGUAUUCGUAUCAGUUACUUCUAACUAAGUAAAAUUGUUUAACUUCAAAUUAAGUUCUGUAUAUUAAUGUAAUUGCUUAAUUAAGGCCUGUAUAUUAAUGUAUGAUAGAAUUUCAAAUUUUUUAUUUAACUGGGACCACAAUCUGUUCUAUCAAAUAAUGCUCCCCCCCCCGUAUACCAAACACAUAUACAGGUGUCCAUCCUAUAACAUGGUAGAUAGGUUUCUAGAAUAUACCGCGUUGCGUGAAACCGUUCCGAAAACUUUAAAUACUAAAUAUUUUUUUUUUUAAUGAUUCUUACUGUUGCUCAUUUAAAUUUAAACAUUUUUGCAACAUGAGGCGCAUUUUCUUCUUUUAACAAACGAUUCAAAAUUUGUAUUUUAUCUCCAAAGAAAUUAAUUUUCUUCCAAAAAUUUUUUCUUACUUUCAAACAAUAAUUUGGGUCUGAAAUAUACCUUCGUACUAAUGACUCCUGAAAAAGACAAAACUAAUCAGUAAUCCAAAUAAUCCACAUUCAAUGUUCUUUUUUUUUUUUUUUUUUUUUUUUGUUUUUUUUUUUUUUUUUUUUUUUUUUUUUUUUUUUUUUUUUUUUU